AUGCAGUUUAAUGAUAGCUGUCCUAUAUCAAAACAAACCGAAUCAAUUGCUGAAACUAUACAAGAUUUGAAUACUAGAAUAAGAAGUCUUGAAAUAAAGUUGACUUAUCUUAAUCCGGAUUCAAGUGAGAAGAAAACGCUUGCUACUGAAAUUGGUGAAAUCAAAAAACUUGUGUCGGCUCACGAGAACAAUUUGAAGCAAUUGCGAAAAAAUAAUCGAACUUCUUUUAUAUUUUGUGCACUGUUAAUCUUCUUAAUUUUCCUUAUUUAUUGUACAUACGUUCUGAUCUACGGAUAUUAA